CAGGAGCAAUGGCAGAUUCGGAAGCAAAAGCAUGAGGCAGAGGUUGGGGAACUCCAGAAGGAGCUUGCUGAGAUGGACGCAGCCUUUGAGGCACGUUGGGCAGAGGAAGAUGAGAAGUUGAAACUGAUGUUGGAGCAGCAGGAGAUCCGAGGUCAGGAGGCAAUUGCACAAUUGGAAGCUGAGCUGCUUCGACAAAGCGAUGCCUUGAGAAGUGAGGUCCAAGCAGUGCAGGAGGAGUCCAGCCUGCAAGAGGUUGACUUGAAAGAGGUGGGGGACAGUAUGGAGAGUGAGAUCAAGGCUCAGCUGGAGCUGAAGAAGCAGGCCAUCAUGGACUCCUCUGAUGCAGACAUUCAUCGUUUUCAAAGCAUACGCAAGAGCAACGAGAAAGUCACGGAGGAUUUGAUUGAAGAGGCCAAGCUCUUCCGGCAAGGGAUUGAGUACCUUCGGGAUGUGUAUUCCAAUCAUACUCCUCAAAAGGCUAGCUGGCGAAGAACACGGGCUGCUGCGACCUGCCCAGCUCCAUCGCCUUAUGGCUGAGGGCAAAGACCCGGAGCGGAAAGGCGAGACGAAACCUACAACCCAAGAGCAAUGGCCUCCACCCUAGUAGCGAUGGCCCACCCUAGUAGCAAUGGCUUCCACCCUAGUAACGCGAUGG